GUUUUCUCCUCUGACCGUGUGAGAGGAAGUGUGCCUUUCCUGCCAGGGGAGGGUCCUGGAUUAACUCAGCUCUGUCUGCCCUCAUACCAAACGCUCAGCUGAUAACUGCCGCCGAAGGAUAUAACGUACUGUAGCCAGACUGACUGCACAGCUAGUUGCUGCUGUGUAUACGGGUAUAGAUAUAGUUACCCGUAUAUAUAUUGGCAGACAGCAGUGGACAGCAAGAGGAGGAGAUUCUGUAUCUGUACGGAGGAGAAAGAACACUAACUUCACCAGAGCUGCUGGUUUGUUGCUGUAGGGAGAGAAAAACAGAAUAACGGAGGCAGAGAAAGCAAUCUUGUGUCAAGCUAAAUGGCCUGAUGGGGGAGAUAUACAAGGUUUAAUGCAGCAUGUCCAUUGAAGCAAGGCAUCCAGAGGCCGAGACAGGAUUUGUUCCGAGCGUUCAAGACUUUGAUAAGAAGCUAGCUGAAGCUGACGCCUACCUACAGAUUCUGAUUGACCAGUUAAAGCUGUUUGAUGAGAAGAUCAAGGACUGCAAAGAGGAUGAAUCACGCACAAAAAUUGAAAAUUUGAAGGAGACUACUUGUAGCAUGGUAGAGUCCAUCAAGCACUGUAUUGUACUGCUGCAAAUCGCCAAGGACCAAAGUAACGAACAGCAACACGCAAACGGACUUAUAAGCACCAUAAACCCAGUGGAUGGGAUCUACCAACCCCCUCUGGACCCUCCUGUAGUCAACACCACGAUGCCAACACAGACCACACUACCCACAGACGCUUCUCAGGUGUGUAAAUCCGACCAACGCCCCUCCACGUUACCAGUUGGUCCCAUUGUCACGGUGAUGGGCAGUCUGCAGACCCCAACUCCCAACAGCACAGGGAGUGGCCAGUCAGGCCCCAGCAGCGGCGUUGCCUCCCCAGCUCACAUCCCCCUCCUCUCACACUCGGUGCCAGACUUCUCCUAUUCCUCCAGCGAGGACGAGUUCUACGAUGCUGACGAGUUCUACCAGAGCAGUACUUCCCCCAAACACUGCAUAGAUCCCUCAGGGCCUCAAGCGUCCUCGUCUCUCACUAAUAAAGCAAGCGCGUUGAAACGACCAGACACCACCGAGUCCCUCAACUCGUCCAUGUCUAACGGCACAACAGAUGCAGACCUGUUUGACAGCCACGAUGACCGCGAUGAUGAAGGUGAGGGCGAGUCUGUGGAGGAGCACAAGAGCGUCAUCAUGCAUCUUCUCUCUCAAGUUCGUUUGGGCAUGGACCUCACCAAGGUGGUACUGCCUACCUUCAUCCUGGAGAGGAGAUCUUUGUUAGAAAUGUACGCAGACUUCUUUGCACAUCCCGACUUAUUUGUAAGUAUCGCUGAGCAGCCGGAGGCCCGGGAGCGCAUGGUUCACGUGGUAAAGUGGUACCUGUCAGCUUUCCAUGCAGGGAGGAAAGGUUCAGUGGCCAAGAAACCUUACAACCCAAUCCUGGGAGAAGUCUUCUACUGCCACUGGGAUCUGCCCAGCGACACAGAGGAGCCUUCCCCACACACGGAGACAGUAUCAGAAGGUCCAGUACCGUGGUCUUCGUCCAACAGUGUGUGUUUUGUGGCAGAGCAGGUCUCUCACCACCCCCCCAUUUCUGCAUUCUACGCAGAAUGUUUAAAUAAGAAGAUCCAGUUCAACGCUCACAUCUGGACUAAGUCGAAGUUCUUAGGCAUGUCCAUAGGUGUCCACAAUAUUGGCCAAGGUUGCGUGUCGUGUUUGGAGCAUGAUGAACAUUACAUCCUCACCUUCCCUAACGGAUAUGGCAGGUCGAUUCUGACCGUGCCGUGGGUGGAGCUGGGUGGGGAGUGCAACAUCUCCUGCUCCAAGUCGGGCUACAGUGCUAACAUCGUGUUCCACACCAAACCCUUCUAUGGAGGAAAAAAGCACAGGAUCACUGCUGAGAUUUUUUCACCUAACGAUAAGAAGUCUUUCUGCUCCAUUGAAGGAGAGUGGAAUGGAGUGAUGUAUGCCAAGUGGGCAACUGGAGAGAACACAGUGUUUAUAGACACUAGGAGGAUAGGCAUCAUUAAGAAGAAGGUGAGAAAGCUGGAAGACCAGCUCGACUAUGAGUCCCGAAGAUUGUGGAGAGAUGUGACCCUGAACCUGAAGCAGAGGGACAUUGAUGCAGCAACAGAAGCCAAACACCGGCUGGAGGAGAAACAGAGAGCCGAAGCCAGAGAGAGGAAGGAGAACGAGCAGCAGUGGGAGACCAGGCUAUUUCACGAGGACGGGGAGUGCUGGGUCUACGAUGAGCCUCUAUUAAAGAGAUUAGUCCCUCAGAGGCACUGAGGACUACACAUACUCUGAUACACAUAACAUACAUAUGCAUAAUGAACUGCACACACAACAGAGUCUUCAUAAGAACUCUUUUGCAAAACCACUUCUUUUCCAAGCCUUGGAAUGACUGACUAAUGAUUGAAUAUGUACACAGCUUUGCGUUUGACUGUAAAACAACAAUAUGGAAAUGAAUGAAAUCAAACGAAAAAGCAUCUGAGAUGUAACAUGAAAACUAGUUAAGUUCCUCUUUUUAUUCGGGGCACCAAUUCCCGCCAGCACGAGAGUCGGGAGUGCAGAGUGGAGACGGGAGGUCGACACUUCUCAACUCUAUCCAUCAGCUCCACGACCACACCCUUCAUGGGCAGCACUCAUUUCCUUACACAAACAUUACUGUUUUGUUUUUUUGGUGGGGGGGUGUUGAAAUCAAAUAAACCUUGACAAAUAAACCGGCGCUCCACAUCUCAGGGAAUCUGGUGAUUUAAAAAAGAAAGCUGCUGCCCCCUCCGUGAGUCUGACAGCCUUAUAACAGUGGAAGGGAUGAAUCUUAAAGGGGUGGGGGAGAAAUUCUCUGCUUGUCUGCAACUAGUUGUAACUGUUGUUUAUAUAUAGAUAUACAUAUGAUGGAUAUAUACAUAUAUAUUCUUUUUUUAUUUUCAAUACUCUUUUUAUUUGUUUUUCUUUCUGGCUAUAGUGUAAAAAUAUUUGAGGAUAUGAAUUUGAUCUUUAGGAAUCAUUCCAUUUACCCUUUUGGUGUUUUGUUCCUAUUUUAAGUUAACUUUGCUGCCUAUUUGGUCCUUCACAUGGUUCUGUGUCUCAAGUUUUAUCUAGAAGCAAGGCCCUACAUAAGCCAUAGCAUCUAAACCCACUGAUUGGGAGAGUUGUGAUAGAUGUGUGGAAUAUAUGCAAUCUAGAGAACAUUGACAUUGCCUGUCAAAGGACAAAUUUGGGUGUCCAUUAUGCCAAAAAAUGUAAGAUAAAAGGCUAAAGGGACUUUCAUCUGGGCAAAGAACAAAAAACCGUCUAAACAUGUUUCCAUGUUACCUGAAGGCAUUUAUGAACAAAUUAGUGUUUUACAUGUUUAUGUCUUUCUGGAUCGCUGGUUCAUGCAAGGCAAGGACUAAGUCUGUAAAGUCUCCCUUUUUGUUCUGCACAUCGGCUGUCUGUGUUUCCUCUCCAAACCCACAGAUUUCAGAGUAGAUCACCUGGAUGGUUCACGUGUUUUCAGAGGGUGAGGACAGUGAAAACAAGAAACCAGAGUAGACUUUUGAAACACUAAUGCUGUUUUCAUAGUCCUACUAUGAGCCCACACUGUGUUCUACCGGUUUAGAUUUCUUGUGAACUCAAUUUUUUGUCCAAUGUUUUUUUUUUUUUUGAGAUAACCAAAUAGAGGGCAAUAUUAAUCCUACUGUACACCUCUGCUUUCUGAAACCAUCAUUCAUUCUCUCAUCAGCUACAUAGGUUGGAUCUAAAUGCAAUGAUAUUUGGAUGAAAUGCAGAAAUAAACAAUUUUCACCUGAAAACGCACAAGAAUAUCUUUCAAUGCUGCAGUGAGCUCACAACAGUCCCUUGUUAUCUUUGUGGUUAAAAUGCAAGAUUUGAUUAUUGUCUGUUCUAGAUAUUUGGCCCGUAUGAAACUGGUUUAUUUAAAUGAAUAUUAAAAGACUUAAGUCUUAAAAUCAAUCAUUUUGGUGAAGGGAUCAUAUUCCUGAUGCUGUGUGCGGAUCAAGUGAAAAAUCUGCAUUUAGUUGCAGCUGUUGAAUUUAAUCCGCUAAAGCAUACAAAAAUGCCUUUAGAAACCAGCCAAAGGAAAUUCAGCGUCCAAGCUAAAUUUAUUUUUUACCUCGUUUUUUCCUCCAUGUUGUGUUUGUAAAUUAUAUUGAAUCGUGGCCUUGCCAUACAUUUUAGUAUCGCCUGAUAGAGCGCAAUCAAAAUGUAUUUUUUAUUUUUUUUUUUCUCAUUUUGAUUAUAACCAUUGAUUGUAUCAGAUUUUCCUGUUUAUUUAUGCAUAAUAUUAAAUCUUCAUGAGUU